GCUAGGGUUUAAAAUUGAAAAUGAAGAAAGUUGGUUGAGUGUUAGAGAUGGCUGCAGAAUCAUCGGAGGGCGAAGAAGAAGCGAAGGUGAGUGGAGGAAACCACCUCCUGACGGUGGACGACGACCUUAGAGAGAUGGGUAAGAAGGCCGCUUGGAGUGUCAGCUCCUGCAAACCCGGCAACGGCAUUUCUUCUCUCCGCGAUUCCAAUCUCGAAACCUAUUGGCAAUCUGACGGUGCUCAACCCCAUUUGGUUAACGUCCAAUUUCAAAAGAAAGUUAGAUUACAGUUAGUUGUUCUCUAUGUUGAUUUUAAGCUUGAUGAGAGUUACACGCCGAGUAAAGUUUCCAUCCGUGCCGGCGAUGGCUUUCACAACUUGAAGGAGAUAAAAACUGUGGAACUUGUGAAGCCAACUGGUUGGGUUUAUGUGUCAUUAUCUGGAGUUGAUCCUCGGGAAACUUUUGUCAACACUUUUAUGUUGCAAAUUGCUGUGCUGUCAAACCAUCUCAAUGGAAGGGAUACUCAUGUGCGGCAGAUCAAAGUUUAUGGGCCUCGACCGAACCCUAUUCCUCAUCAACCAUUUCAAUUUACUUCGACAGAGUUCAUCACCUACUCUUCUAUACGAUGAGAAUUUUAUGUAAGGAACCGAGCCAACCUUGUGUUAACUCAAAGGAUGCCGGAUGAUUAUCUUCCGGAAGGCCUGAAACCGAAACAGCAGUCACUGAAGUGUCUGUCAGUACCACCCUUUAUGUGGCUAUCACCAAAUGUGGCUAUCAGUACCCUUUAUGUGUUGUAAGUGUUUAUAGUUUGUUUUGUUUUGCAAAUGCUCCAUAAUUCCUGCAAAUUGGGGCUCUGCAUUCUCUGAAGCGUCCUUCUUAAAUUAUUUCAGAACAAAUGAGAAAGUAUUCUUACAUUCGCCCCUUUUUUAAUUAAAGGUGGAGCUGGGGGUGGAAUUCUUAUUGGAAUUAAUU